UCUUGUGGAUGGUCUCGUGCUUCCACUUCGACAGAACUACAAUACGCAUCAACACGCCACACAAAAUGUUCAUCGUUGGGUUUGUGUAGCGUGAUAUUCUUCUAAAUGAUAAUGGUUGGCAUGGAAACUGAAAAGAGGUAGACAACGACGAAGAUGGGAAGAUGACAUCAUGGUAUAUUCAGUAACAACAUGGACCAGAACUGCAAGCAAAAUAAAUAAAUAAAUGACAUUUCCAUUGAGGAUGGUUACAUGUAAUGCUUUGGAUCAACACAUCGUACGAAGAACAACGGGCAACAAACCUGAUUGUUUUCUAGGGGAAAACUGGCAGUAGUAAACUGGGAAGCAACAAAAGGCGUGACCACGGACCAACAGUGGACAUCACUGGGCAGUACCAUCAUCAGUCAACUGGCUACCAGGGCGUCUUCUUAACCAGGACAUUCCGUCAAUCAACACACUGACUAAUCCGAUUGGUUCAACGCUUGUGUGUAGCUCCGCCCAUUCGUGACCUCAUACAAUUAAUGGGUUUGUUGCUGACCUUACGUGUACUGUGUGCAGUACGGUCAUUAAAGUCGCACGGUAGCGAAAAACCACACUACAGCCACAACUCGAUUUACUUUCGUCAUUGACAUAGACUUGAACGGGCGACGGAUUUCCACAUUAUUUUUUCCUACGGAAUUUACGGGCGAACACCAGCUGAGAAAAGACACCAACACCUCAUAGCCCUUUCUGCAGCAUGUGUUUUUGGAUCUACACCGGAUAAAGAUAGAGUUAAUUUAGACACUUUCCAACAAGUCGAAUUCAUUGCGUGAUACUUCUAGUUCGUUGCAGGCGAAAAGGUGACACUUUUUAAUUGCAAUCACCAUGUCAACACUGACACAGUUCCAGAUUACCGGCAAGCGAUCCCCAAUGUCCGCAACGGCCCCCGUAGCACCGCACUACGAGAGCGGUCGACCGGUGAUGGUCGACCCCUGUACCGGGCAAUCGGUGUGUUGCUCCCCCGUGGACAAUCGCUCGGCCACGCUGCUGCACCCGGGAGCUACGCAAGGGCUCUCGCCAAUGUACCCAUCACCUCACACGGCAGAGAAAAGCUACUUGCGGUUUGCGGCUGACUCGUCGAUGUAUUAUCCACAAGCUAUAGCAAACAGCAGAGCUGGAUGUUAUCCGUACGACCUGGGCCAGUACCAAUACUACGGAAACAGUUACGGUUCAAUUGAGUACGACGGAGCUAGACGCAAGAACGCAACGCGUGAAACCACUAGUACGCUGAAAGCCUGGCUCUACGAGCACCGUAAGAACCCGUACCCAACUAAAGGAGAGAAAAUCAUGCUGGCCAUCAUCACCAAAAUGACCCUCACCCAAGUCUCCACGUGGUUCGCUAACGCCAGAAGACGCCUCAAGAAGGACAAGAAGAUGACCUGGUCACCGAGGAAUAGCUGCGGCGACGGCGGGAAAGAAGACUACGAUUCUGAGGAUGGUGACGGGAAUGACGUCGAUGAUGACAUGGACGGUUUGGGAACCGAUAUGGAAGGCAGCCUUGGCGGACCACCAUCAGACAUCGAAAGCGACGAGAAACAGUACAAGAUUCCCACCGAUAAAAACGAAAUCGAGUCCGAGAAGCUAACCACAGACAGUACCCGCACCACACCCGUCAUCAGCGACCAGAGGGUACCCCUCGACUACCUGGCGGUUGGCCACGACCGACUUAGCGUAGAUCAGAACUCCCCGCAUCACACACCGGAGCACACUAGUUCUCUCUGUAUCAGGAGAAGUCCAAGCCCGGUCCCGUUGCCUCCAUCAUCUCUCAUCAAAGCAACCUGCCGUCUCACCUCAAGAUCCCCACCGUGUGUUAAAGCACAGACGGAGAAACCCAAGUUCUGGUCCCUCGCGGAUACAGCGUUAUCUAAGAGCCCCGAGCGAACCCGUAAACCCAUCCACGUCAAUGUUACAUCAGACUCUUACUAUAAUAAUCCUCUCAACUCUGGUAGUGUUGUCGCCAAUAUGCAGAGACAUCCAGUGGUUCAACACUCCUCAUCGCAAUACCAAACUCACCCAGUCCCCAGCAGUUUACCGCCCUUCAUCUCAUACGGGUUUCCCCUUGGUGUCUCAACCCUGAGCACAGGACCGUCCGACCACAUGCGGCUCCUUCAGAAAGCCGCCACUGUAAACACGAGAUGAGGAGCCAUCACGCCAGGCCGAUGAGGCCGUCAAUAAGAGUGUCGAAGCCCACACCGAGGUGGUAAAAGGUCAACCUCGGUGUGCCAUUCCAUGAUGAUGACGUCAUUAUCUCACAUUACGCCCCAAGGGUUUUCAACACCGACAUCGAUGAAUAACCAACGCACGCAGAGUACCAUGGAAGAACAUUUUGACGAAAAAAAUUGCGAACUGUUUUAUUUUUAGAAAAAAGUGACAAUGAUUGUUUAGAUCAUUAUUACUCGAAAUAAUGAAAAUUAUUAGUUCCAUUUGACUGUCUUGUCCGCAAAUGUGGUAAUCAAGUGGACUUUAUUAAUAAGCCACCAACAAUUGAUUGUUUAAUGAAACAACACGAAUCCGAAUCAUUCUUUGACUUUGUUGUUUGAUGUUCGGAUAGAUUUGUAUUCGCUGUCGUCUCGCGACCGGAAGAACAUUAGUCAAAAAUACUUUACAAAUAAAAUGGAAUUUCAAAUUCGUGUCCGAAGAUGGCCAAGUCGAAAUAAUUAUCUUUUAAAAGUUGGUUCAAAAUCGUGUUGAUUUAUAAUAUUAAUAAUAAUAAAAUCUAAACCAGACGCAAGGUCAAUAAUUAUAUUAGGGCCUUUUGUAUAGAAAACAAACUUCUUUUGUGAAAAUUAAUUUCUGUAAACAUAUCUUUUUUUAUAUAAGUUAUUUAUGUUGUCAUAAUUGUUUGGUUAAUAAUAAUAAUA